UGAAAAAGUGGAGACACUGAUGAUUGUUGAUUUGGGCAUAAAUAGAUGAAAUAAAACCCUAGAUAUUUAUGUUUAGAACUAUUGAAUGGUGAAAAAAGAGAGAGAAGCAUGGGACCAUGAAUGAUGAUUAUGAGUAUGUUGUGUUUCCAUCCGAAAAAUCAUGUUGGCCUGAUAUUCAAGAUCUCUUGAAAGAGUUGAAGCUAUUGUCAACCGAAGUACCAUGUGACUUCUCUCAGUUGGCAUUGCAUCAUCAGAAAAUUGUCGACGCCUUCAACGGGGAUGAAGAGGAGUCAAGGGAGGCUAAUGUUGAAGAGACUGCUUUUCAUGGUCUUGUGAAAUUCUUUCAGCAUGAUGCUACAAAGGAAGAGAAAGUCCUAUUUCUGCAGUCAACUCUACCAAAGAUAGUUGAUCUUGCUCUAGACAUUGAAAAGUUUGCAACAGACAAAGUCCUGCCAAUUAGUAGUCAGCAAAAAGCUGGAGAUCAGUUGUUGAAUCGUCAAUUUGUGGCCUCCAUUGUUGCUGCAGCAUUUCUUUGUUUAUUUGAUGGACGGGAAAAGACACGCAUCUACAAUCCAAAUCUGAAUGCCAUAAGUUUUGCCAGUUUUUUCCAGCUAUUACCAAGUCCUUCACAAAAUGCAAAACUUCAAUGUUUUCUCAAUUAUUUUGAGAGAGUUGGGGGCGACACAAGCAGUGUACAAGGUGACAUAAGGUUUCAACGACAGGUUAUUCCAUAUGAGGAGUUGCCCACCGUAGACACAUGGCUUAACAGUGAUUGUGAUCUCUGUCCGUUCUCUGUAAAACAUGACGGUCACAUUGAAGACUCUGUCCCCGAGGCUAUUGAGGUGGACUUUGCCAACAGAUACAUUGGAGGUGGUGUGUUAGGGAGAGGAAGAGUUCAGGAGGAAAUUCGAUUCACUGUGUGUCCAGAGCUGAUAUCUUCCAUGCUGUUUAUGGAAUGUAUGGACGACAAUGAAGCCAUUAUAAUUCAUGGAUACGAACAGUUCUCAGAUACAGAGGGUUAUGGACCAAGCUUAACUUAUGCUGGAAAUCAUCAGAAUUGUCCAGAGUCUGCUGGGGGUAGAAAGUUACAGAACACACUGUGUGUUAUAGAUGCUGUCAGCUACAGACACUGCUCUCCCUCUAAACAGUACCAGGAUCACUUCUAUCUGAGGGACCUCAACAAAGCUUUUGUUGGCUUUAGUGCAAAGUGCAGGAAAAGCUCCAUGGAUACAAGGAACCAAUCACAGGAGACGACAGAAUACAUUUGUAACAAGCCUUGUGAUUUGUUAAUGGCUAUUAGUGAAGAGUAUCAGACAGCAUCUGAGGAUGGAAACAGUGAGCCUGAGAACUAUAUACCAGAGUUGCCUGGAAUAACCAACAUGGUGGAUGGACUGGUCACCAGAAUUCUGUACUCAGCAAUCCAGGAAGCCUGUAGCCAACGCGGAUUUGAGAGGUCCGACAGCCACUCCUCAUGUGAGGACCACUCCUCCAGUUCCAGUUAUCUGAGGAGACAAGAGGAGCUGGAGGAGAAUCAGGAUCAGGCUGACCUGGAGUGCCAGGAUUGGGUGAGCCGGUUUAGGAGGCGGAGUUCUAAUUUGAGUGACAUUGGAUCCAGGCGGAGUAGUGGUAGUACGUGGCAGAGCUCAGAUUUCAGCUCAGAACUAGAAGAGUAUUAUGAAAAUUAUCAACGAAGGGACCAAUCUAUCAUCCAGAAGACUAUCACGGAAGAAGAGGGGUGUCCUGUCAUCUGUGAUUUUGCUAAUAGCUUAGCCGUGUCACUUAUACAAGAGAGCACUGCAGUGGCUGCUCAUAAAAGUGUUGUCAAAGAUUUUAAUGACAGUGCCCCCGAAGUCUGUAUUAUGAAGCCAAAAGCUUACAAACCCGAAAUUGAAGAAAACUUACCAAGGACCAAUUACUUUUCACCCAUUAUUCCUGAAUCCAUUGCUAGAAAAUUUGCAAAUGAAUUUAUAUCAGAGUUGUUUACCUCUGUAUUUUCUACACUUUCCAAUUUGACUUCUGAGAAAUGUUCUGAUAAGAAAUCAUCACUUCUUGACAUUCCACUGGUUCGAGAUCCUGAUGUUAGUUCUGAUUCCGACGAAGACUGUGAUAUGAAUAAUUGUGAUACAUAUUUGGGUGGCUAUUACCCAGGGAGCAUUGUUGAGGACAAUUAUCCGUUAGUGGAUGAAGCUGAGCUACGGAUUGCGGCUGUAAAUUUAGUGGAUUGUGCUAUACAUAGUGCUGUUCAAAUAGUGCAGGAAAGUUUAGUUCCACCAGCACCAAACAAAUCUUUAGAAGACAGCGAUUUGAAUAUUUCUAAUCCUGUUACAGAUUCCUCUAGUGAAAAAGAAGAUAACUUGUCUGUACUGAGCAAUAGUUUUGGGAAAAGAUGGGAUCAGUCCUCAAGUCCCUCCAAAUCCCCGAAAAAUGUGCAGUUUCAUGACACUGUGAUUUUGAAUAAAAAUGGUGAUGCGGUCUCCAAGACGAUGUCCGAUUCCUCAAAUAGUCAAGAUUCCUUUACUGUCCCCACUCUUUUGGUGACUGAUGAUCUCUCAAAAAGUGAUAAAUUCGGUGGUGCUUAUAGUCAGAUUGCAGAAAACAUUAUCAUGUCUGGAUUUACCGAUGCUCUGAAAGAUGUACAGAAGGAAACUGGGAAAUCUUUUGAGGGCUCAACACUCAAAUUUAGUGCUUCUGGAUAUCUACCAGAGAAGACCCUCAUUGUAAAAGGAAACAGUUUGAUCCACCCCGGAGAGAUUUUACGUGGAGAAUCUUAUGAAGAUAUUUCAGGCUCUAAUAUCAUUGAGUGCUGUGCUUCUUCACUAUCCAGAGACUUACUAACUAAUGCAUUUAUUGAAGUGCAGCAAAGUUCAGGCACCAUCAAUGGCUCUAGUUUUGCCCGUCGGAGCAGUGAACCAAUGAAAUUGUCCAGCCAAGCAGCCAGACAGUUACUGGAAGACAACAAGAAAGGAGUUCGUCGCUACACAGAGAAAUCGAAAAGCUGUACAGAGGACGACCUUGUGGAAUAUGCCAGAGAGUUGGAUAGAAGAUGGAUCAUUGAAGAUUUCCGGGAAAGGAGGGGACCAUGUGGAUUCAAGGAUCCCACCCUUUCCAGGUUUGCUGAGGAAUUGAUGAAAACUGAAUGUAGAAUCCCCCCUCUCCAUAUACCAAUAUCGUCCACUUCUGUCUGCAGCCUAAGUGGAUCAACCACAUCUUUCCACAGUAGUAAAAGUGGAUUUAAGGACCUUAUGUUAUCUAGCUUCGAAGAGGAACUCCUGUCUUCAAGUUUUGGCAGAUCCUCAACAAAAAGUUCCAGCAUUAAGAGGAAAAGGAAGAAAAGCACAGGAAACAGAAUAAGAGGUGGUGAUUUCAGGCAAGCACUUCACUUUUCAGAAUUAUCCAAGGAGACCAUCUCGGAUUUUGCAGACAGACUUGCUCAAGGUAUUAUUUUAGAAUCUAUAGAGACUGUAUUAAGAGGUUCUAUUGGUUCAGGAUUUGCUCAAAGAGAUGUGCCAUUCACAACUUCUUCCCCAAUUCCUGAUAGUCUGCUAAAUCUGGCCGAUAGCAUUUCUAGUCAAGUGGUGGAGGAUGCUAUUUUAACAGCCGUUGAGGAAUUAAAGGUGAAGUUACAAACAGAGAAUUCCUCUGAUACUGAUUCCACAUCAACUGAAGAGUUCAGUGAUGCUCUUGAUGUGCCAUGCUAUAGAAUUGAAGAAUUUGCAGAUAUUCUUGCAAAGCAGGUAUUGGAUACAUCAGUGAAAUUCAUCAUCAGAGAAAUGGAGUGUUUUAAAAAGAAAGCCAGUGGUCGUCCAGUAGCCACUGGGAACUGGGGCUGUGGGGCCUUCCGAGGGGACGUCCAUUUGAAGUGCAUGUUACAGUGGAUGGCAGCCUCCUAUGCUGGUGUCCCCCAACUUAUAUACUACACAUUUCAUCACGAAGAUUUACAGCAGUUAGAGGAAGUUGUUGCAGCAGUUUUGUCCAGGAACUGGUGUGUGGGCCAAUUAAUGCAGGCAGUGAGGACCUACUGUAUGGCCUGCAAGGACUGCCCUCGUAAAGAUCGCCCUGAUCUGUUCCAGCUAUUGCUAAACAAGGACUCCUUUAAAGACAUUGUUUGAGACAGACCAAAUACUUGGAAAAUUUAUGUCCAUUUCAGAUAUGAGUCAGUGAUUUUUCUUUUUCAUUUUGUUUUGGGGUUUUCUUUGUUUACAUUUUUCUCUACAUGUAGUUUACAAUGAACAAGUCUUUAAAAAAUGUAUUAGCAUUUCAUUUUAUGUAUGCUGCAAGAAAUUUACAAGCAAUUGUUGAUCAAUAAAUAUUUGCACCUGU